AUGACAAUCUUAGGUAACCCAAAAUCAUCAGCCUCAAGCUCAGUAGUAUCUGGUGGAGUUUCUAGUUCUUUUGGUGGCAACUCAAAUGCAAGUGGCGGUUUAUUAGGUGGUUUAUUAGGUGGUUUAUUAGGAGGAAGUGGUAGAUCAGGAUGUGCAAAACCUGCACCAGCACCAGCCCCAUGUGCCCCACAUAUCACAACAGUUAACUUAGUACCAGUCCAAUUAUGUAAUGGUGGAAUUGUUUAUUUAAUUUGUUAA